AAAGAAGAAGAAAAAAAUGUUCUUUUUCGGCGAUUACCCGAUUACCAGUACUUUGCCUUGAUACGUAGCUUAACAGUUGUCUGGUUCACUUGAAAUUUUAGAAAGAUGUCGCUGAGGAUUAAGUCGGCGGUGGAUAAGUUCGUUGAGGAGCUGAAAGAGGCGAUGGAAGCCGACAUACAAGACCGAAUAAUGAAGGAGAGAGAGAUGCAAAGUUACAUCGAGGAACGCGAGCGUGAAGUCGCCGAGCGUGAAGCCGCCUGGAAGGCCGAGCUCUCUCGCCGCGUGGCAGAGAUUGCCCGACAGGAGGCUAGGCUCAAGGUGGAAAAAGAGAACCUCGAGAAAGAGAAAAGUGUCUUGAUGGGAACAGCAUCGAAUCAAGAUAACCAAGAUGGAGCGCUGGAAAUCACCGUGAGUGGCGAAAAAUACCGAUGCCUCAGGUUCGCAAAGGCGAAGAAAUGAGGCUUC